AAAUUAAUAAACGUGGUAUAUUUUACAUCGAAAUGCACCUGAGUGAAAACAAAUGUACAAUUUUAGACAUGAAAUCAGUAAAACAGACUUAACAGAUGAAAAACAAGCCACUUAAUAAGGCAUAACGCAUAUGUAUCCUUGUAAAUCCCACUUAAAAAAGUAAAUUAUUUAUUUAAAGGAAUAAAACACUUUGCGUGUUUACACCCCUCCCCCUCACUCUGAAUGUUUUGUUUCUUGUUUACUUUUCUAACAGUUUAUUCUCUUCGACAGAAAAUUACCCGCUUUUUAAUAUGCUAAUUUUCUUCUUACAAGUUUUUCUUUUUACUUUUUGACACACAUUUACGCCUGUGGUAAAGUUUCCCCCCGUCUUUGAGAGAAAUUUGACCCUCUCUCGGCCAUGUUGAAUGCUUCUGGCUUCACUGUAUUUGUUGCAGGGGUCGAGCCAAGCCGCACUCUUCUGAAGGAAAAAAAAAAAUCUCUGUACAGGGAAAAAGGUGGUCCUGCUCUGAAAACACACGGUUUCGAAGCAAUAGACCACAUUUCCCAGAUCUUUCUUGGUCAUUGGGAAAAGUUCUUAUCGACUUUUCAGCCCAUCAUGUGCGUGUUAGUGAGUGUGUGAAGAUGAUCUGAGUCGGGGGAAAGUUUGAGGAAAGCUGCGCGUGUAAAAUGGAGAGAACAGCUGAGGCUGCGCUGAGGAGGCUGGCGGCGCUGGAGACCUCUGCAAUCCUGCCCUGUUACUCCCUGCGUCGGCUGCAACAACACACACAGCAAGAAGUGUGAUAGACUUCAAAUUAACACAUUGCCCAAAGACAAGGUUUCUUACUGGAGGGACUUGACUGGACUGUCUCCACCAUCAUUCUUUUUUUGUGGCAUUUAAAGAUUCUGUCUGUGCCUUUGGCUGGCACAGGUUAUGAGGAUGUGCUGCCCGCAUUGGGUGCGAAGGAUCCUGACGUGAUGGGGUGCAGGACGAGCAAGGUCCUCCCAGAACUGCCAAAAGACGGAGAUCCUGUCAAGAAGGUCGACCCUCAGAAAACUGAUGUCUAUAAGAACUUUAUUCGUGUGGAUGGGAGUGACAAGAAAACUGUCUCUCCUUGCCCUCAGGGUCAAAGCGCUGCUGCUAAUUCCCCUACAGCAGGUAAAGGCCAGCUGGAGCCCUUUGAACCGCGGCGAAGCAAAGUGGCUAAGUACCGGGCCAAGUUUGACCCUCGGGUGACGGCUAAAUAUGAGAUUAAGGCACUCAUUGGGCGUGGCAGCUUCAGCCGGGUGGUGCGGGUUGAGCACAAGGGUACACGUCAGCCGUAUGCAAUCAAAAUGAUUGAGACUCGAUGGCGUGAAGGUCGUGAGGUAUGUGAGUCAGAGCUACGAGUCCUGCGACGUGUACGCCAUACCAACAUCAUCCAGCUUAUGGAAGUGUUUGAGACGGCUGAGCGUGUGUACUUGGUGAUGCAGCUGGCCACAGGAGGUGAGCUGUUUGACCGCGUCAUUGCACGCGGUUCCUUUACUGAGCGGGAUGCCACUCGCGUUCUCCGCAUGGUGCUGGACGGUGUACGCUACCUGCAUAUGCUAGGCAUUACACAUCGUGACCUCAAGCCUGAGAACUUGCUCUACUACCAUCCUGGUGCUGACUCCAAGAUCAUGAUUACUGACUUUGGUCUAGCUAGUACACGUAGAAAGGGUGAUGAAUGCCUUAUGAAAACCACUUGUGGCACGCCUGAAUACAUAGCACCUGAAAUCCUAGUACGCAAGCCCUACACCAAUGCUGUGGACAUGUGGGCCCUGGGGGUUAUCUCCUACAUCCUUCUCAGUGGCACCAUGCCCUUUGAGGACGACAACCGCAUGCGCCUCUAUCGGCAGAUCCUGAAGGGAAAGUACAGCUUCUCUGGCGAGCCAUGGCCGAGUGUGUCCAACUUGGCAAAAGACUUCAUUGACCGUGUGCUCACUGUGGACCCAAGUGAGAGGUUAACAGCAAGUCAGGCCCUCAAGCACCCCUGGAUUGUUAGCAUGGCUGCUUCAUCUUCUAUGAAGAACCUACAUCGGUGCAUCUCUCAGAACAUGCUCAAGAGGGCAUUGUCGCGCUCCCAAAGCACAAAGUCAGCACAGUCAACCCGCUCCAGCCGUUCAAGCAAGUCGGGCCGAGCACGGCGUGUCCGAGAGAAAGAGCUGAGAGAGCUCAACCGCCGCUACCAGCAACAGUACAAUGGCUAAAGAAAGGAACCUGCAGUCACACUGCACAUGCUGGUACCAACAUUCUGGGAUAAACUAGACAUGUGCCGAUAAUCCUUUUUUUUUUUAAUUUUUUUUUUUUAACAAAUAUAUUUUGAAGCAUAUUUCGGAGCAGACCAUGGAUCCUUCCUGUUCACCAGAUAACAAAUUAGUACAAGUUGGAAAUAAGAUACCGAACAACUGUGACUUGUUCUGCUUUGACUAAAUAGUAAUGUAUUUUUUUAUAAUAUCUUUAUACCGUGUGAUAUAAAUCAUGGGAAAAAUUAAGCAAUUAUUUAGAUUAAAAAAAUAUAUAACAUCGGCACAUGCCUAGGACCCAUAUGCUGUGAGCAGAGAAGGUAAAGUGGAGCAAAAGUGGUGUGUACAUUAAGGAAGAGUCUAAAGGAAGAAAGAAAACACCCUCACUGACCACAGAGCCAAUUUCAAAGAAGUAUCUUUCCCCAGUCUCCAGUCCGUGUCUUUGCUGUUGUUUUUACUUUAUGUUCAUCUUUUUUUUUCUCCCCUUAUUUAUUUAUUGUAAAUGUUUUCAAUGUUAUUUUGUCUAUGGAGUUACUGUCUGUUUAAGCCUUUUACCUGAUUGUAUCAUCUGUUGAACAGAAUUCUAAAUAAUGAAGUUGCUGGAAGGACUACUGAAUUUGUGUUCACUGUUUUUAGACCUUCCUGAUUUUUGCUGUGAAUUAUUUUUGUUAACCAUUACAGUUAGUUGAUUUAUAGGGUGAUACUGAUGCUGUCUGUUGGUUCCCAAUUAUUAAAAUCAUUUAAAAAGA